UGCACGAGAGCACUCGAGAAGGCGUCAGCCCUAGACAUUGGGACUUGGAAGAGGACGCACGGGCCCUUGAAUUACACCGACAGAACAUGGACAAGGACGGAGAAAAUGUUUAUGAGCUGGUGAAAGAAGAAAACGCGUAUGAAAAAGUCGAAAACGCUUAUGAAAAACCUGACACCCCAACAGAACCAAAAUACGAGAACCAAAGUGCGAUUUAUGAGAAUGCAGCUGAAGUUAAAGAAGCGAUUUAUAGUGAGGUUGAAGUUCAUGCUCCAGAGGCAGCCGAGCGUUCAUCACCAGCUUACAUGAACACACGUGAGAGUCCCGAAGAACCGCAAAGCACCAAAGGAGAUGGCAGCAGCAGCAGCAGCAGCAGCUCGUCGAGCGAAGAUGAGGAGGAGAAAACCGAGGCCCAACCGGAGGCCCAACCGGAGGUCCAACCGGAGGUAUCCCUAAGUUCCCUAUCCCUGGAAGUUAAUGGAGAGGCAGAAACCUCACGACGCUCUUCCACAUCUUCCUCCUCCUCCUCCUCCUCCUCCAAGUCUGGUGGAGACCAACCGCUUCAAGAGGUAGAAGAUGCCAUGUGUAUGGCCUACACGCGAGACGAUUCAUCUCCUGAACCAGAGGAAAUUGUCGACUACAGCCUAAAAACAGUAGAGAGUUCAGCUGUCGAGGAGACCAAAGUUGCUGAUCCAAACGCGCCAGAGAUUGCGCUUUUUGUGAAGGCGGGCAUUGACGGGGAGAGCAUUGGCAACUGCCCAUUCUCCCAGCGCCUCUUCAUGAUCCUGUGGCUCAAGGGCGUGGUCUUCAACGUCACCACAGUUGACCUGAAGAGGAAGCCAGCGGACCUUCACAACCUGGCCCCAGGCACCCACCCGCCCUUCCUCACCUACAACGGUGACGUGAAGACCGACAUCAACAAGAUCGAGGAAUUCCUGGAGGAGAUGCUAGCGCCACCUAGUUACCCCAAACUUGCUGCUAAAAACAGGGAAUCCAACACUGCAGGCAUCGACAUCUUUGCCAAGUUCUCUGCCUACGUCAAGAACACAAAAGGAGAGGCCAACGCAGGUCUAGAGAAGAACCUCACCAAGGCGUUGAAGAAGCUGGACAGUUACCUCAACAGUGCCCUGCCAGAUGAGAUCGAUGCGAACAGUAUGGAUGACGAGCGGGCCUCCACACGCAAGUUCCUGGACGGCAACGACCUGACCCUGGCGGACUGCAACCUGCUGCCCAAGCUGCACAUAGUAAAGGUUGUGGCGAAGAAGUACCGCAACUUCGACAUCCCCACCGAAAUGACGGGCGUGUGGCGCUACUUGAACAGCGCGUACAGCCGGGACGAGUUUACCAACACCUGCCCCGCCGACAAUGAGAUUGAGACAGCCUACCAGGACGUGGCCAAGAGGCUGGCCAAGUAAUGCCCCCCCCACCCCCCACCCCA